AGGCCUUCAAGGCGUGGCUGCCUCCACCAUCUCUAAGUGGCGUAACUGCCGCUGCUUCCUUCACUGUACAAAACACCAAACAUAACAUUCCAAAUGUUCAACAAAAUCCUGUGCAAACAGAAGAUCCGACGCGUUGUUCCCGGCACGUGCCUCGUGGCUGGCGGCACCGGCGCCGGGGCGAGCCCCGCCAAGGUGACACUCAGCCUCAAGCUGAGGGGAGGGUGCUGGCGACCCACCUCGCGGAAGGUGGCCGUCUUCACCUUCCAGGAGGCGUCCGGCCACGCCUCUUCCCACGCCCUGCUGGACCUGGAGUACCUCUUCAGGUGCAGCAGCAAGCCAGGUGCCAGCGACAUGCAGGUCAAAAUCUGCGUGGCGCUGCGCCGCGGCGGGAAACGCGUGGCCCGCGCCGACCUGGAAGAAUUUCUCGGCCAGCUGCUGCGGGGUGGCCGCCCUGACUCUUUCUUCCUGUACAUACACGAAGAAAAAGUCGCCCUCCUGCAGGCCAAUCAGCCAGUCCCAGGUACGGAAUGGCUCUUUGAAGGGGAGGCACGAGGCACGCACACGGGGGUCAAGGCUGAGGCUGACGAAGGUAACGGUGAUACUGACGAACUUGUGGAAGAAUGCAAUGAUGAAUACUACGAAGAGUGGAAGGCUUACCUCGAGAAGGUAUUCUCUGUCGAAGAUGAAGAUGACACUGACGAAGUGAAAAACUGCAAUGACGACAACUACGAAGAAUGGAAGGCUUACCUCGAAGAGGUAUUUGCCGUUGAUGAUGAUGAUGAAGCUGCAGAGGAGGCGACCUCCGAGCUGCGGGAAGCCUCUGGUGAGGGAAGUGAAGCUGCAGGCGAGGCGACCUCCGAGUUGCGGGAAGCCUCUGGUAAUGAUGCUGAUGAAUUGGAAGACGAUAAUGUUGACUGCAACAAAGAAUGGGAGGCUUAUCUCGAAGAGGUAUUUGCCGCUGAAGAUGAUGAUGAAGCUGCAGGCGAGGCGACCUCCGAGGUGGAGGAAGCCUCUGGUGAGGGAAAUGAAGCAGCAGGCGAGGCGACCUCCGAGGUGGAGGAAGCCUCUGGUGAGGGAAAUGAAGCAGCAGGCGAGGUGACCUCCGAGGUGGAGGAAGCCUCUGGUGAGGGAAGUGAAGCAGCACACGAGGUGACCUCCGAGGUGGAGGAAGCCUCCGGUGAGGGAAAUGAAGCAGCACUCGAGGCAACGUGCGAGGUGGAGGAAGUUGCUCCAAACGGUACAAUGGCCGCAGACAGGGACGCCCCCCAUCAGGGCGAGGCCUCUUCAGCAGUGGCCGUCUCUGCCACGCCCUCCACUGCUUCGUACGCUUACCGCAGCAUGGCUGUGCCUCAUAGAUUCAUUGAUCGCCUUGCAGGCCCCGAGGACCGCCACCUCGAGGAUCUGCGGCGGAGCUAUGGGGUACAAAUCACGCGGAUCAAGCGAACCCUGCAUGUGAAGGGCCGCAAAGACGCUGUGCUGCAGUGCCACCACUCCAUGCGCGCCAAGAUCACUGAGUGGCGGAGUUGCGAGGCCGCUGAGGCUCACUAAGCGACCUACAGACACCUGGGACGGCUCCGUAACACUGACGUAACACGUAACACCUGACGUCUGACGGACAAUGAAGCUGCGGACGAGGUGACCUCCGAGUUGCGGGAAGCUUCUGGUGAAGGAAAGGAGAUGGCCACGAGGUGACCUCCGAGUUGCGGGAAGCCUCUGGUGAAGGAAAGGAGAUGGCCACGAGGUGACCUCCGAGUUGCGGGAAGCCUCUGGUGAAGGAAAGGAGAUGGCCACGAGGUGAC